UGUGCGAAGAAAUCUUUUCCAAAUAAAUGUAUAAUAGGGAUAAAUCACAGGAACUUGAAAGAAGAGGCGGAAGCUCUGCUCCGGCAGCUGCGAACGGACUAGAGAGGCGGGGCGCUGUACGGCGGCCGAGAGGACGACAGGGCGGCAAUUUCCGCAGCACGAUGGAGUCGAUGGUGUUCAUUUUUUCGCUCAUUGAUUGCUGCGCCCUGAUUUUCCUUUCUGUUUACUUUAUAAUUACACUAUCAGAUUUGGAAUGUGAUUACAUUAAUGCCAGAUCUUGCUGCUCAAAACUAAAUAAAUGGGUGAUCCCUGAAUUGAUCGGCCAUACCAUUGUCACUGUAUUAAUGCUUAUUUCACUGCACUGGUUCAUCUUCCUUCUCAAUUUUCCCGUGGCAACGUGGAACAUAUACAGGUGUAUUAUGGUUCCCAGUGGAAACAUGGGAGUAUUUGACCCUACAGAAAUCCAUAACAGAGGGCAGUUAAAAUCACACAUGAAGGAGGCUAUGAUAAAGCUUGGUUUUCAUCUCCUUUGUUUCUUCAUGUAUCUUUACAGUAUGAUCCUGGCUUUAAUAAAUGAUUGAAACUGAAGUGGCAGUAUUAUGGUUGCCAAAUUGAUGUUACUCCAUUGAAUACUAUGAAGCCAUGAGCAACUCUCAAGAAAAUCAAGACCAGUGAUGUCAUGCAGUAUAUUUUUUCCUCUUUGAACAAAACAUAUUUUUGCUGUAUUUUUAACAUAUAAAAUAUUUUAGAAACUACAAUACUAUGUUUUUGCAACUAUUGUUUUGUUCUUACUCAAAUCCAUUUUCUUACUGUAUUUAAUUCUUAUGUAAUGUAAAGAUUUUGCAAGAAUACUGGUUACCCAAUGCAGCAGAUUCAUCUAUUAAGAGUGAAGCAACAGGUAUAAGUUUCAUUGAAGAAGGUUUUAUCAUAUAAAAGGAAUCUUAUCAGAGACGAAUGACCAAUGUUUUCCUUCCUAUAGGCAACAUUUUAAAUAUAGUUCAUUUAUGUGUUUUAACUGAAGGCUGAAGUAUGUUCAAUGGCCAAACAUUUGUCAGUUCAGUGUUACCCUCCACGUGCACAACCAGUGUCCUUCUAUUUAGACUGUUGAAGUUCACUUCUAACAUUCAGGUCACACAUAGCUGCUAUAAUACUUUGUGAAAUGAUUUUUCAAACACCCUUUUUUAAUAUAUGAAUAUAUUUUGCAGACAGUAUAUAUAUUCAUAGUUUGUAUGUAUUAUAAUGGUAGUAGGCCAGAUCCAAAUUGAAGCUGUGUUAUAUCUGCAAUCCCAUUUGCUGUUGGACACUUGGUACUAAUCAAUUCAAUAGAGUUUGCAAUCUCAAACUACAGCCUAUAGCCACUGGUUCAACAAACAGCCUGAUUUUGCUUGCCUGUUAGGCUACAAUAGGUAAGAUUUAUGGGGAUGGCUUUGUGCUCCAAGUGAGUAACUCAUGUUCAGUCUGAGCAGUAUGGGAUCCAUUCUCACAAGAAUUCUUGCUGGAUUAUUCAUGGGUUGAGCAGUUGUAUGAUCAUAUGUGUAUGUAUACAUCUUAGAAAAGAAAGGAACUUUUGUUCCUUUCUAGUAUGAAACAGAUGUCAAAGCUUAUGAAGCUAAGAACUACUAAUCAAAUCCAGUUAUUUAUUUUGUUUAUUGAACUGGAAAGAGGGAAUACAAAUAUUUGAUAAGUGCUGUGCACCAACAUGGAAAAGUUUAAUUAAAAAAACUCCAAUAGACAAAUCAGGAAUUAAUGUAGCUUGAAUUGAACGAUUUAAGAUAUGUUUAAUAUACUACAUAUUUAUAAAAUAAAAAAUUAAUGUGCCCCAUAAAUAAUUAGUAAAACUAGUGAAAAUAAAUACGGAGCCCCAAAAUUCAGGUUUUAAUGUCAGAAAAGAAAUUUAAACUACUUAAUAUAAUUCAAGAGGAAAGUAACAAAAUCCAGAAAAUUUAAUAACGCAAUCCUUUGAAACAUUUAAUAUCAGUCCAUAGCAAAUAGUCAUUACAUACCAAAAGCUCUAAGUGUUAACUAGUUCCACCACAACUCCAUAUAAAUCUUGACAAUUUAGAAAUUUGAGAACAGUAAAAUGUUCUUUUCUUGAUCUCUACAGCUUGGUUUGUAAAUACACACAUACGUUUGAGAAUGUUUCUUCCUCUUACAUUUUUGGAGCCAAUAGCUUUUUCCAUCUGUGCCAGUAAGUGUUAAGAAUCAAAUCUAGUACACUUAUUUUUAACAAUGAAACACUUAAAAAAUGGGGCACACUGUACUUCAAAUUUAUAAAAAUAUAUUUGUAUGAACCAAAUCUUAAUGUUAGAGGACAAGACAAAUACACACAACAUGACUUAAAAUUAUUCAGUAAAACAUGACAUGUACCUAGUUGGUUCCAUGACUGAUUCUGUUUUACACACACAUUCAUACCAUACACACUUUGCUGAAUCCAACUAUAUGAAGUCAGCAAGUAGCAAACAGGUUUCUAGUUUGUGUUCCAGCAACAAGAGCAGCUAUUGCAGACAACACUGCAUACAUCAAUUAGUCCUCCCUAUUCCAGAAUGUUUCCAAAAUUAUAAUUAUCUGUCAUAAGAGUGGUUUUUUGUAUGGCAGCUGAAAAUGGAUGCAAGCCAAUGCAAGAUAUAUAGAUAUAGAUAUAAAUAUAUCUACAUAUAUGGAGUAUUAACGAUACAUGGUUAGUAAUUUAUCUGAAAUGCAUCAAUCCGAGGCAACUUGUGUGCUUUGGGGUACAGAUAAAGGGAACCAAAUCUUACUGAAAAUUGGUUUAUUUUCCCUUUCUGCCCAAAUUACAAAUUAAGACAUUCUUUUGCUGUUAAAAAGGUUACUAAUUCUCCUUUCCCUAAUAUAUUGCCAGCAUAAAAUUAGUACAAGAAAUAAUUUUAAGCCAUUUUAAAAGGGUGGGAGAUUUUUGUAGUUAACAUGGCACUAAACACCUAGCAUUAUUUAAAUGUCAUUCAACAAUACCAGUUUGGAAAUCAGAAUGAAAUUAUUGG